UAUUUGGAAUUGUUUAUUGUUACUAUUUUAUUUAAAUGCAAUUAAAAACAUCUCUUUCUCCAAUUAUAGUAGAUGACUCAAAGUCCAAACCAAAAUAUCUAUCAAAUAUCCAAGCACCAAAGAUUCCAGACGGAGACAAAGUAGAUUUUGAUGACAUCCAAAAAAAGCGUCAGGAGAAGGAUUUAACAGAACUACAGUCUCUUAUAGAGGCUCAUUUCCUCCAAAGACAGAAAGAUGAAGAGGAACUCAUUGCUCUGGUCAAUAGAAUCGAGAAGAGGCGAGGUGAGAGAGCUGAGCAGCAGCGAGUGAGAGCAGAGAAAGAGAAGGAGCGUCAGGCCAGACUCGCUGAAGAGAAAGAGAGGAAGGAGCAGGAAGACCAUAGAAAGAAGCAUGAUGAAGAUGCCAAGAAGAAGAAAGCUCUCACAAAUAUGACCCAUCAGUACGGCGGCACACAGCAAAGGGGUGAAGGACGCAAAGGUGCCAAGAAACAGACCGAAAGGGAGAAAAAGAAGAAGAUCCUGGCUGAACGCCGAAAACCACUGAGCAUUGAUCAUCUGAGUGAUGACAAACUUAAGGAUAAAGCCAGUGAGUUGUGGCAAUGGUUGUUGCAGCUGGAAGCCGAAAAAUACGAUCUAAGCGAGAAACUGAAACGCCAGAAAUACGAUAUCAAUCAACUGCUUGCCCGCGUCCAGGAUCACCAGAGUGCCAAGGGACGUGGCAAAGGCAAGAUGGGAGGAAGGCUGAGAUAGAAGUUGACAGCACAUCAUUAUGAGAGGAAUUUCUGGCCUCCUAUGUUAGUUUUGUUUGCUUGAUGAAGAUAUUUUUAAAUCAUUAUUAUGAACAUACAAAAAUGCUUUGGUUGUACAUUUUUGCUUUGCACUGUAGGCUAUUGUGUAUUUUUGCCAUGAAUAAAUGUUAGCAUGUUAAUUGUAUUAUUUAAUACAUUAAAAUAUAUAUAAUCUGUGA